UUGGGAGAAGCAACACGGGCCGAUCGCUGGCUGUACGGUCUCACCACUCACACACCGCACGUCCUGCACACAUCAGCUGCUCUCUGCCCGCGACAGUACUGCUGGAUUUACCGCCUAACAACCGGGGAGUUUAACCAGCCGCUCCAUCCGGGGAAGGUCAGUGAUGGUCAGUGCUAGUUAGAGCCUGCAGCCGAGGAUGUCUGCUACAGAUUCGGACAACUCCAUUGACUGGCUGGCUAGUGACAAUGAGGACAACGAGAGCGAACAGGAGUCUGACUGUACUAGAAAGCACAGCCAGACAGAGGCUCCUCCAUCCCCCAGCGCCCCCGUCACACCUGGGCCCGUCUGACAGCAGCUGCCAUCGGAGCAGCGAGGUGAAGGAGGGCGUCAGUAACUGGAGCGAGGUCAGGGAGGCCUCCAGUCGGGGCUCUCCCCCCAGCUGCACGGAGACAUGGGACAGCGCCAUUGGACUGUGUAGUACACAACAAGGAGAAAAAAUGAAUGGCAAGAACACUCAGCAAGCACUGAAGAGACCUCACAGCUCCACAGAGGAGGGUCACAAGGAACGGCAGCUCAUUUCCAAUGUGUCAGAGAAAAAAAUAUUUUUCAGCAGCAAGUGCAUGGAGCUACAAUGCUACAUUCAUCCGCUGUCAUCUAUCUUGAAUGGCCUUCGUUCGGGGAGAUACAGAGAACGACUCAGCAGUUUCCAGGAGAGUGUGGCCAUGGACAGGAUUCAGAGGAUCAUGGGUGUCCUGCAGAACCCCUGCAUGGGGGAGAAAUAUAUUAAUAUCAUUCUUAAAAUGGAGGAAAUGCUGAAGAGCUGGUUCCCUAAUGUAAAACUCCAAGACCAACUCGCUGCCACCCAGACAGAGGAAGUCAUUCCUACCAAGAAACCGAAGCUAUCGCCAUUGACCACCACCGCAGACGUGAGCCCCGUCACCAUUAGUGAUCUCCCAGCUGGCGCCAAAGCCCUGAGAGUCACCGACCUCACUCCUCCUGGAGCCUACUCUGCCAGUAACCUGAAGUGGCUCCACACGUCACCCAUCUGCUCCCCCACAGCAGAGCAGGCCCAGGCUGGCUCCAGGCACCUGCUGUCCCCCAGAGACAGAGACCUAACGCAGGACAGUGCUGUGUCGUCCAGCACAGACAGUCAGACUAAGACAGACUUGGUGCCUAGAGGCCCCCCGCCGGGCAAAAUCAACGCACCCUGUCUAGAGAGGCUCCUUAAGUCGACAGAAAGCAUCAUCACCCGCAAGGGGACGGGGGGGUUGAUGGACAACAGCUGGUCCUAGUCCAUACGGAGGACUGCAUGUCCAGCUGUAAGCACCGCACAGCCCAGCCUAGCCCUUGCUUGCUUAGCCCAUUCCAGCCUUCGGGGAGACAGGAGCCUUCAAAAGGGAUGUCACAGAUUCCUCUUCAAUGUGGAAGGAGUGUCGACGAACAAGUUGUACUUUCUGUAUGGCAAUGUGCCCCCUCUGACAUGACAAGUGUCUUCUUUAGUUCGCCUUUGUUGACUUAUCUCUGUUUUUUUGUUUGCACUCUUGAAUAGUGUGUGUGAGAGUGGGAAGGAUAGAUUUCACAUGCCGAUAUCACCGGAGCGAGUUAUUUCACAACUGAAUUGUUCCCACUGGCUUGUAGAUGCAAUAAUACAGUUUAAGUAUGUGUGAAACCGCCAUUAUGCCUGAAAGGGAAAUAAUUGCAGGAGUAGUUUGGAAGGGAGAAUUUCAGAUAACCAGACAUGUCAGUGGUCCACAUAUAGUUGUGCUGAAAACGUGGGUGAAAUGUGAUGUUACCCCCCCACCCACCCCCCCCAUGACUCCACUCUUAAGUUUAUUGAUGUGACUGUUACUCAUUUGUAUACUUUAUAAAUAAGUCUUUUGGUACAACUGUUCUACCUCAGUGGGCACCACGUCACAGAUAGUGAGUAGGAAUGUGAACGCUACACUCAAAGUCUGGACACCUCACCAGAUCUGCAGUGAGCCAAACGGCCUCUGGCAGCGAGGUCUGCAGUAUGACUCGUUCUGCUUGUACAAACAGAGGAUGCUCUCUCCGUGGGGAUGCUCUUGUGGCCUGACUGGUGCCAUUGUAAAGAAUGUCAACUGCAGAUUUAUUUUUUGAGUCUCCCAGUAGAAGGCAAUCAGUGCCUGUAAUGUCAAGCUGUGCCUGUAAGCCGGUUUGAAAACGAGAGAGAACCGCUCAGAAUACCUGCUCCUCUGUGGGAUGUACAAAUCAGGAAUUCUCACUCUCCUGCCAUUUUCCUGUAUUGAGUAAAUUAUUCAGCUCUUUGCCAACUACUUUCUGUGGUGGAGUAGAACAAUUCUUUUAUUUUGCCACAGAACUGGACUGUAUGUUUGACCAGCAGAGAGGGACAAGGUAUUUCUCUGUGUAGAUCUUACAGAAAGGUUGUCGAUUUACCCCGAAAAGUGGCCUUUAUAGUGUGAAUUUUUAUACUUUCAAAAUAAAUGUGGUUAUAUUUGUUUGAUGCAAAAUG